AUGGCUACAGCUACCACUGGCUUCUUCCAGGACCGACCCACGCUGCUCAACCAGUACGACGGCAACUCUGCUCUCAAGAAGGUGGCCGAGUUCUACCUGUCCCACAAGACCCUUGCUGCUGUUCUUCCCGAGCUGCGCGAGCUGGGAGACUAUGUUAUUUCCAAAGAGAUUUUCGAAUGGCAGGAGGACGCAGAGACAAACAUUCCUCGAGUCGAGCAUCAGGGAACCUUUGGCCACCCCAAGAACCGGCUCAUUGUGUCUCAGGGAUGGAAGCUGCUCAAGGCCAAGGCGUUCGCUGCAGGUAUUAUCAGCGACUCAUAUGAGAGAAAGUACGCCGAGGAGAGUCGAGUCGUGGCCUUCCUCAAGAAUUGGCUUUUCUCCGCCUCCUCCGCCACCGUUCUGUGUCCCUUUGCCAUGACCGACGGAACUGCUCGAGUGUUGGAGGUAUUUGCCAAGGACGAUGAGCGACUGCAAGAGUGGUACAACCACCUGGUUUCUUCCGAUCCCACUCAGGCAUGGACAAGUGGCCAGUGGAUGACCGAAAGACCCGGAGGAAGUGAUGUUCGCAACACAGAGACUGUUGCCACCAGCUCCUACCGAAAAGAGGAGGGGGCUGAGAGCCGACCCAAUGCCUCUGCCAACAACCAGAUUGAAAACAACGCCACUUCGGACAUUGUCACCGUCGGCACCGGCCCCAAAGACUAUACCGUCAACGGCUUCAAGUGGUUCUCCUCCGCAACCGACUCCGAAUGCUCCAUUCUGCUGGCUAAGCGAGAGGGAGAAACUGGUCUUUCUUGCUUUAUCGGCAAGCUCACCCCCGAGACGGUCAUCAUCAACCGUCUCAAGAAGAAGUUUGGAACUAUCGCUCUGCCCACUGCUGAGCUAGAGCUUCGGAACCAUCCUGUCAUUCUGCUUGGUCAGGCGAACAAUGGAGUGCCAGUGAUUGCCACUGUCCUCAACAUUACUCGGCUCUACUCGUCCACCUCGGCUCUUUCUUGCUACGGACGUUCUCUCCACAUUGCCAAGCAGUACGCCCUCGUUCGAUCGGUGUUUGGCAAGAAGCUUUCGGCCACUCCCGCCCAUCUGAAGACCCUGGCUCACGAGCAGGUCCAACUGACCGGCCUCAUGUUCCUGCUGUUUGAGGGCAUUUCUCUGCUCGGCCAGUCAGAGGUUACUGGUCUUUCUCCUCAUCGAGAGGCCGUUCUGCGAGUUCUGCCGGGUAUCGCUAAGGCUUACUGCUGUAAGAAGGCCACCAUUGGCUGUUCCGAAUGCAUGGAGGCUCUGGGAGGUGCCGGAUACCUCGAGCACGAGAUUGACAUCAACAUUGCUCGACUCUACAGAGAGUCCCAAGUCAAUGUCAUCUGGGAGGGUACUACCAACGUUCUCAGUGACGACGUGGCUCGAGUGAUGAAGGGCAAGCGAGGACCUCUGAUGAUUGGCGCUUUUGAAAAGUACAUUGCAGAGGUGUCUUCUGACCAGUCCGUUCUGGACGAGUUUGCUGCCUGGAAGAAGUGGGUCGAGGGCAUGGACCUGGAAGCCACUCGAGCCGAUGCUCGAAACGUGACCUACAAGCUCGCCCACGUCAUUGUGCGGGCUCUGCUCCUUCGAAACGCCGUCAAGACCGGUGAUCGGGUUGACGUUGAGAUUGCUGAGCGAUGGAAGAACGCCGACCUUUCAGGAGACGCCGAGUACGACUCGGAGAUUCUGUAUGGACAGAAGACUGCCAAGUUGUAG